AUGACACUUUCCUCAGAAGUACAGUCGAAGCUGCAACGCCAGGUGGAGUUUUAUUUCAGCGAUGUGAACAUCCAAAAGGAUGUAUUUUUAAAGGCAAAGAUGGCAGAGAAUGCUGAGGGUUUCGUUACCCUAGAUACACUCCUGACAUUCAACCGUGUGAAUUCCCUCACGAAGGAUGUGAAGGAGCUUGCGGAGGCACUGCAGUCAAGUGAAGCUCUUGUGCUGAGUGAGGAUUCCCUCAUGGUGCGACGCAAGAACCCUCUUCCGGAGUCUAUUCAAACGGACCAUCAAACCGUAUAUGUGAAGCCUGUUCCCCCAACCGCCUCCUUGGAAGAUCUCACCAACUUCUUCAACAAGCAUGGAAAGGUACUGGCUGUAUGGCGCCGUUACUUUCCUGGUAAGAAGGAUGCGGCACCUGAGGCCCGCACGAAGCCUUCCGUCUUCGUAGUCUUCAGUACAAAGGAGGAGGCGGAGGGAUUUAAAGCGGCCCCACCCAUGUACGACGACGUUCAACUCACAGUGGAGAUGAAGACGGAGUAUCUGGAGAAGAAGGCAGAGGAAAUAGCUGCAAAGAAUAAGGACAGAAAGAAACAAAAGGAUAAGUCAUCAGCGGAGACAAGUGAAGUGAAGAAACAUGUGGUGGCGAUGCCUAAUGACAGCAGUUAUCGUAUUACCGGUUGUGGUACAAUGGAGAACUUCUCCAGUGUAAAGGGAAUUUGGCCUGUGGAGGAGCAGAAGGGUAUUCGCUAUGUGUUUAUGCCAGAUAGUGAAACUGCUCUUCUUAUUUUUCAAGAUGCCGCAACAGGAGAGAAGAUGGUUUCAGAUCUUAAACAACGCUGCACGACUCUGAAUGGUAAGCAGCCGGAGGUGCAGAAGCUUGAGGGUGAGGAUGAGAAGAAAUUGCUGGAGAAUGUGGAAAAGGAAAUUGCGGAACGGGCAAAGAACAACAUGAAGGCCCGUGGUGGACGCGGUGGUCGUGGUGGGGGACGUGGACACAAACGCUCACGUGAUUAG